AUGCACUUCUCAAGUCUUAUUGCAGGGCUUGGUCUCUCGACAUGCAUUGCUGCCGCAGCCACACAUGGCUCGCAUCACUCUCACUCUAAGCCCAGUGUGCAGCCUGGUAACAAUAAGGAAACCAAGAUUCCUGGCUUUUUCACUGGUAACUGUACCGAGGAAAAGAUGACCGUUCGCAAAGAAUGGCGUAACCUGUCAAAGGCUGAACAGAAAAACUUCCUCGAUUCUGUGGAAUGCCUGAUCAAUAGUCCUGCUCAGUCUAGUUUGGCUGCUACUACUAGCCGAUUCAGCGACCUCCAGGCUCUGCACCGUGCAAAGACCAAUACGGCCGUUGGGGAUAUUAUUCACGAUGUGGGACAAUUCCUGCCCUGGCACAGAUACUACAUGCAUAUCUAUGAGACCCUUCUUCGUGACGAGUGCGGUCUGACUGCUCCCAUGCCUUACUGGGACGAGGUUUACGAUGCCGAUAGUGGUGAUAUGUGGCAAUCAGCCAUGUGGGACGCUGAGGCCUUUGGUGGAAAUGGCACAGGAUCUGAACUUUGUGUUGAAGAUGGCCGGUUUUCCAACCUGACACUUCACAUUGGCCCCGGAGACGAGGAUACUGACUAUUGUCUUCGUCGGUCUUGGGAUGGUGCGGACGCAAUUGCUAAUGCCAAUAGCAAGGUUCUUGAGACGUGUAACUCCUACAACACUUUCUCACCUUGGUGGUACUGCAUUGCUGAGCUCCCUCACAAGGGUGUUCAUACCUACGUUGGUGGCGUGAUGGCCGAUAUCAAGUCCUCACCUGGUGAUCCCAUCUUCUUCAUGCAUCACAUGUACAUUGAUCGAGUUUGGUGGCUUUGGCAGAAGCAGGAUCCUCUCAACCGCCUGUACGAUAUCAGUGGCCCUUCGGUGAACGAGUCGGCAAAUGCGGAGCCUGCUGGAGGCUGGCAAAACACCACUCUGCACUAUGAGCUUUCUUCGUACAGUAUCAUGCCCAACACAACUAUUGGGCAUGUGAUGAACUCCCAGGGUGGUUAUCUGUGCUACGGAUACGAGUGA